AUGACAAGAAGCGCUGAUGUUGUUGAUAUCCUUCCCCUGCAUUCAUCGUGGACGUUUUGGCUUGACAGAUCUUUACCUGGAACAACAGCUGCUGAAUGUGAAUCCAACUUAAAGAAGAUCUACACGGUGGACACAGUCCAGGAUUUUUGGAGAGUUUACAACAAUAUCCCAAAUGUUCCAAGCUUGCCUUUACGCUGUAGCUAUCAUAUGAUGAGAGGGGAAAGAAAGCCACUGUGGGAAGAAGAAAGUAAUGCUAAAGGUGGUGUUUGGAAAAUGAAAGUACCAAAAGAAUACACGGGUAUUGUGUGGAAAGAGCUUUUAUUGGCCACCAUUGGUGAACAAUUCAGUGAUUACUGUGCUAAUGAUGAUGAAGUGGUUGGUGUCAGUGUCAGUGUCAGGGACAGAGAAGACGUGAUUCAAGUCUGGAAUGGAAACGCAUCUUAUGUGAACGAGUCAACUGUUCUUGGGAAGAUCUAUGAGCUGCUCCCACAAAUCUCAUUUAAAGCUGUCUUUUACAAACCUCACAUGGAACACCAUGCUUUUGAAGGAGCAGCCUGGGUUAAAGAUCCUCCACGCCUGCAUCAGUCCGUCAGUGACGUCCAGAUGCAUGAGACUGGGUCAGAACCAGCCAGCCACAGCAUUCCAGCAAGUAAGAUAGACAACGGGCACAACGGUGAGAAUGAGAGUCGAGUGAGGGGCAGCCAUACUCCCACGCAGGAGGCACCACGGGUCCCAGUGUCUCUGUCGAUGAUGACCCCUCCAGCUGAAGCUCCUCAACAGUUCCAAGCUUCUUCACAGCAGCAGAUCCUCAGUCCACAGCAGCUGCAGGCUCUGCUGCAGCAACAGAAAGCACUCAUGUUACACCAGCAACAAAUUCAAGAUGUCUUCAAGACUCAGCAGGAGCAACUUAAUCUCCAGUUGCUACAGCACAAGAAUGUUGGAAUUGGUAAUCAGGAGCUCUCUCCUCUGGCCAUCCAGCAGCAGCUGCUGCAGGUGCAUCAGCAUCAUCUGCUGAACCUGCAGAGACAAGGCCUGCUCUCUGUGCUGCCCACCAGCACCUCUGCCCUCUCCAGUUGUGACAAUGGCAGUGCUGUUGGUGCAGAUACAAGGGAGUCUUCAUCUCAGUCUGCCACCAACGGUCAUCAUCACCAGCUCCUCAUGAAGAAAGAAAGUGGGUCUCAGGACGAGCACACUCAGGCCAGCCACGCUCUGUACGGGAACGGGAUGUGCAAGUGGCCCGGCUGUGAGACUGUGUUUGGAGACUUUAAUGCCUUUCUCAAACAUUUAAACAGUGAGCACACUCUGGACGACAAGAGCACCGCACAGUGCCGUGUGCAAAUGCAAGUGGUUCAGCAGCUGGAGCUACAGUUAAAAAAGGACAAAGAGCGACUUCAAGCGAUGAUGGCUCAUCUGAAGUCUUCGGAGCCCCGAGCCGCCGCACAGCCUGUGAAUCUAGCGAGUUUGCAGAGCUUCUCCCAGUCGCCGCUUCCCAAAGCCGCUCCUCCCAUGAGCCUGUCCCAGAGCGCCACCGCCCCCUCCACCCCCGUCACGCCUCACUCCGACUCCCCCUCCGUCCUCACCCCCAACAGCGUGUUCAGCGGGACCCCGGUGAGGAGGCGCUACAGCCGCUCUGUGAGCCAAGGUACUGAUAUCGUUGACAAUAAAGAGUUUUACCUGAGCACAGAAGUCAGACCUCCGUUCACAUAUGCGUCGCUCAUUAGACAGGCCAUUUUUGAAUCGCCUCGCCAACAACUGACACUGAAUGAGAUCUACAACUGGUUUACUCGAAACUUUGCCUACUUCAGGCGAAAUGCAGCUACUUGGAAGAACGCAGUUAGACACAACCUCAGCCUCCACAAAUGCUUCGUCAGAUUGGAAAAUGUGAAGGGGGCCGUGUGGACGGUGGACGAGAUCGAGUUUCACCGGAGACGGCCUCAGAAGACUGUGGGGAACGGAACUGUAUUAAAGAUUCCCCCGGGUCGACAGAGUGUGGCUGGCUCUGCUUCUCAGAGCCUGGGCCUGGACAGUGGCAGCCCCCUCUACACCAGUGCCUCCAUGGGCAGCAUCCCUCUGCAUUCCCUGCCUCACGUUCUCCAGGAGCAGAUGAACGGAGUCCUCGCCAACGGCUCCGGAUACCAAAGCGACAGCAGCGCCACCCAGUCCCCUCCCCAGUCUUUCUACAUCAAAGAGGAACAGGAGGACGAGGAGAUCUGCGACAACUACGCCUACGAAUCUCCCGAGAGCAACGACGACCCGGUCCACAGCCCGGAGGGGAUGCAGCAGGAGGACAGGAGCCCGCAGAGGCCCAGCUUUCACUUCGAUCGCGUGCCUUCGCUCUGA